UCACUGAAACUGAUGUGCCAUUGCAUGCAGAUGUAGCUGAGGCUCUAACUGCUCUAGAGAAGAAGCUGUGCGAACACUUCAAAAGGAUUGAAAUUCGUGGGAAGAGAGACAGGAAGGUCUCUCUACUGCUAACCCCAGCAAUGCAGGCGUCCAUGGAAUUGUUAGUGAAGACUCGUGCAUCCUGUGACGUUCUCGAAAAUAACAUCUACUUUUUUGCCAGACCUAGGCAAGAUACAUUUAUACGAGGAUACAAGUGCAUUCACCAGUUUGCAAACGAGUGCCAAGCCAAAUACCCAGAGUGCUUAUCCUCUACGAAAUUAAGGAAACAUGUAUCCACACUUUCCAAGGUUUUGAACCUCAUGGAUACAGAAAUGGAUCAAUUGGCUGAUUUUUUGGGCCACAACAUCGCAGUCCACCGCAAGUUCUAUCGCCUGCCAGAAGGAACACUACAGCUGGCUAAAGUUAGUAAAGUCCUGAUGGCCAUAGAAAGAGGGUGCUUAAUGGACUACAAAGGAAAGAAUUUGGAUGAAAUUCAGAUUGAUCCCAAUGAAACCAUUCCAGAGGAGAGUGACCAUUCAGAAAGCGAACUGACAGGCGAAGAACUAAGCCCAUCUUCUACAUCCUACCUACCUUCAGCUGCUAAGAAAAGCACUUCAAAGAAGAAACACUGCAGGCAAUCAGAGGACGAGUCAGAGGAUCCAGGUUCAGCUGCUAAGAAGCGCACUUCAAAGAAGAAACACUGCAGGCAAUCAGAGGACGAGUCAGAGGAUCCAGGUUCAGCUGCUAAGAAGCGCACUUCAAAGAAGAAACACUGCAGGCAAUCAGAGGAAGAGUCAGAAGAUCCAGGUUCAGCUGCUAAGAAACGCACUUCAAAGAAGAAACACAGCUGGCAAUCAGAGGACGAGUCAGAGGAUCCAGGUUCAGCUGCUAAGAAACGCACUUCAAAGAAGAAAGACUGCAGGCAAUCAGAGGAAGAGUCAGAUGAUCCAGGUUCAGCUGCUAAGAAACGCACAUCAAAGAUGAAGAGCCAAAGCAAAUGUGAUGAACUGAACUCCGAUGUUCCAGACACAGCAUCCAAGAUAUCCUGCCGCAAGAGAAGACCAUGGAGUCCAGCAGAAAUCAGCGCUGUUGAGAAGACAUUGAUGACAUGCAUAACUACAGGCAGAACUCCUGGCAAGGCAGACUGCAUGGAUUGUAUCAAAUCAGCACCUGAAGCACUGAAAUAUCGUGACUGGACCUCAGUUAAGUUCUAUGUGAAAAACCGCUGUGUGUCCUACCAAAGAACCACACAGAACCUUUGAUAGCAAUUUCAUAAGUUGAGUUUGGGGGUGGGAGAUGGGAAUGUGUUAACAGGGCUUGAGCAUUUUAUAGGACCACACAAUACAUGCCCUGUACCAAAGCAUUUUAGAGGACAACACAAUAAUACAUGCCCUGUACUUAUUUAGUAUCCUUGUUUAUAUUUUAUGUUGGCAGAGGGUCAACAAUGUUUUUAUUUUGAUAUUAUAGUACAUGCACUUUAUUUUAACAGUACUUAAAUGAUUUUAGGUUGGGAGAGGGUCAAUUGUGUACUUUUGUUGUUAAUAUAGCAGUACAUGCUCAUACAGACAGGCUUUAUGAUUGUGAUAAUGUUGAAGUGUGUUGAAUGUGAGAAGAGGGUAAGUUGUAUCCUUGUUGACGAGGUUCAUUAAGAAUAUUCUGACAACAUUUGUUUAUGCAUUUUAUUGUUUUUUUUUUAUUUUCAUUAUUCAAUAUUCAUUAUUUGCAAUACCUGAGUAGGUAUUUGAUAUUAAGAAGUGAUCUGCUUUUUCACAUGACUGUAGCAUUACUUAAGCACUUUCAGAAAUAAUGUACUUAUAACUAUCACAACAGUCUACCUCAUAACGUUCUAAUGCAGUGUGGUUGUGCAUUCUGGCACUGUAUUAAGCAGCCAAUAAAUGUGCUGAUUGCUACUAAUGUUUUCAUUACUUUCCUUGUGUAUACCUAUUAGCUUCAACUUGGUGUCAUGAGGCAGGUCUCACGAGUAUCUCCAAAACAACAGUAAAUCCUCAAAACUCAUGGUAUUAUAGUAUUGCAAAUGUGGUUUACAUUACAUGUGCUCCUUUAGAAUGGUUUUCAUUAUAUCCAAGAAAAUACAGUAGUUGGUCCCCAGAUUGCACUGUGCUUGUUGAUGACAUCACUUGGGUGGGCGUGACUAUGGGCGGGGCCAGAGUCCUCACUUUGUCCACCUGACACCUGUCCCCUGUAGCUGGUCUGGAGUCAGGUGUCAGACUAACUUCAGGUAUGAAGUGUGUAUUCUAUAUUUCAACUGAUUUGCUUAUUACUGAACCCAUAUACAAUGCUCCUGUGCAAUGGCUUGUCUGUACCAUGCUUAGAAAGUGGUGUCCCCAAGAGUGAC